CCUCCUUCCCUCCAAAGAGGAGGAGGAGGAGGAUCCGGGGCCAACCCCGCCUCCUUGAAGGUCUUGUCGCCGUAUAGCACCUUCCUUUAGUGUCAGCGGUGCCGGCGGCUUAGAAGGUUUCUCUUAAAAGGGAGGGGAGGCGAGGCGGCUGGUGGCUGGGCUCGGUGUGAUCCAGCCUGUUCCCGGGCUGUUGAGCUGCAAAGGGAGUCCUCCCCUCCCUCCUUCUCUCCCUGGUUCCCUUCCUUUCCUCCGCCUCCACUCCCCCCGGUAGCAGAUUCCACCACCGCCACCCCCGAUCUCCGCCUUUGCUUGCAGCCUUUCCACUCCACCAUUCCCCACCACCCAGCUCCGGAUCCGGACACAUGGAACUGCUGUGUGUGGAGGGGGUGAUCCGGGCCAGGCGGGAUCCGCAGUUGUUAAGGGACCGGCGGGUGUUGCAGAAUCUGCUUAGCCAGGAAGAGCGCUACAGCCCCCGAGUCUCCUAUUUCCAGUGCGUGCAGAAGGAGAUCCAGCCUUAUAUGCGGAAGAUGUUGGCUUUCUGGAUGUUGGAGGGUUGUGAGGAGCAGAAGUGUGAAGAAGAGGUGUUCCCCUUGGCCAUGAAUUAUGUGGAUCGGUACCUGUCCUGCGUCCCCACUCGCAAAAACCACUUGCAACUUCUUGGGGCUGUUUGUAUGCUUCUGGCUUCCAAGCUGCGUGAGACCACCCCUUUAAGUGUGGAGAAACUCUGCAUUUAUACCGACAAUUCCAUCACAAGAAGUGAAGUUUUGGGCUGGGAAUGUUUAGUUCUGGAGAAGUUAAAGUGGGACCUAGUAUCAGUAAUAGCAAAUGACUUCCUGGAUCAUAUUCUCCAGCGAGUGCCACUUCCCCAGCAUACGUUGGACUUGGUGAAGAAACACGCACAGACCUUCAUUGCAUUGUGUGCAACAGAUUACACAUUUGCAAUGUAUCCGCCAUCCAUGAUUGCUACGGGUAGCAUUGGUGCGGCAGUCCAUGGCCUCUCUACCUCAUCCAGCAAUUUUUCUGGAGAGGCACUUACAGAGCUGCUUGCCAGCAUUACUGGCACAGAAGUGGACUGCCUGAAAGCUUGCCAGGAGCAGAUUGAGGCUGCCCUGGCUGAGAACCUGAAACAGACAUCCCAGUCCCGGCAGGAAUAUAACCCCUCCAAGAAUGCAGUUUAUCCUGACAGCCAGGAAGUUAACCUGACCAGCACACCUACGGACGUCACCGAUAUAAACCUGUGAUCCAGCCCGUCCCAGUAACCACCUGCGCCCCCCCCCCAGCACGUUGAUCUUCAUGCAGGAAAGGAAAGAGGCCUCCUGAAGCAUUUGGCCUGAGUGUGCUUAUCCCUGAAGAACGAAGGGAAUGGGAAAGGAUUCCAUCUUUGUAACAAGACUGUGAUGAAAUUGGGUCUUAGAAGAAUUUGGGGGGGGGAGCCUUUUGCAGUGUGGCUCUUUCUAUCUUUCCAACCUGAUGAUCUUGAGGUGGUUGAACUGUACUUGGGCUUGGGAGGGGAUGGUGAGCAUAGAGACAGUUCAAAACAUUCUUCAUACUGGGUUUUGCUUUGUUCAUGGGGCGCUGCUGAUCACUCUUAAUUUUGUCCCAGUCAUUGCUGCCUGCCUGUUGCAUGCAGGUCAAGAGAUGAAAUGCACUUUUUGUUACCCAAACCACCUUCACCUUCCACGAAGUAUAAGCAUUCACCUGAGACCUUCUUAGUUGAAAAACUCCUUUAAUGACCCUGCCAUAGAUGGCAGUGGGAGGAAACCCAAGUUAUAGAUGUAGUGCUAGCAUUCUUUUCCAGCUUCACUCGACACCGAGAAAGUCUUAGUUCUCCUCUGAAGGUUAACAGUAGCACAGUCCUUGAACGCUUCAGUGGAAAUGAGUGGUUUGGGGCUUGCUUUUGGUAGGUGCUUAUGGAAGUGCUGCUUGCCAUAGUGAAAGCUGGGGGUGGGGGCAGAGAUCCCCCUUUUUCACAGAGGUCUGAAGGGAUCAAUUGUUUGCAUCUGGUUGUCUUUGCUUACUCCUGUAAGACCCAUGAGCUUUAUUUAUUGUGAGGGCUAAGUAUUACAAAGCUACAGAGUGAGGGAAGGAGCUCGGUAGCGUGUUAUCCUUGUCCAUCUAAUAUAGUGCCUUAACAUGCUUCCUCAUUCUCCUUCAUUAUCUCUGUGGGUUGCUUACUUUGAGAGAUUAGUCAGUGUCAAAAUUGCUUGGAAUCAGAGUGCACCCAACAAGUGCUGCUAUACUUGUAUGUACAAACCCCUCUUGUCUUAACUGCCAAAAAACAAAAAAGGAAAAAAAAAGAGAGAGAGAGGAAGGGGCAGGAAUGCUACAUGCAAAAGAUGAGUGGAGAAGUAGAAGUCAAAAUUUUCAGAGUACCUGCUUUUUGUAAGGGGUUAAAAGAUUUGUCUCUUUCCCCAGAGUUUACAAUAUGAUGCGCUGCAGACUGCACUGGAGUCUAGAAUUGUAUUCUUGUUUGUUCAGGAAAAAAAGGUGUUCUUGUUUCUAAAUGCUGCUUUUAUAAAAUAUCACUUUUGCAAAAUAUUAGGUGUGAGUGAGCAGUAGUAAUGGGUGCAAACCGUAUAUUUUGAAUUGUAGUGGUAUUUCUUUUUUUUUUUCAGCCCUUCAGCUGGAAGAGAAACAUAAAUUGAUGCUACCUAAAACACCACUGAUUGGAGACCAUCAUAUUUGUCAGCAGAAAAAGCUGCUUUUUUGCAUUUUCUUUUACCCCUCAUGAUGCUUCAGCCUGAUUAGUUAUAAUUAAAGUGCCACCAGAACAUCCGAUAAAUGGAAAGUCAGUAUCCUUUAGGACUUUGUAGAAGUAUGGAGAUGAAAACAAUGCAUUUUAUACGUCCACACACACAUUAGAGCUUUAAAGAAAGUUUGUCCAUAUGAUAGUCAUCAUUCCUUGAAAUCUGGUUAUUACAAAAACUGAUAUUUUAUGAUAAUGCAAUAAAGGUUUUUUUUAAACUGCCA